CUUGGAUCGGUGGUGCAGCUAGACACUUCAUCUUUCCUGAAGGAUUAAGUUCACAGUUAUCAUCUUCAUCGGUUUAUGUUUAUCUGGGCUUACAGCGAUCUAUCUCUAUCCCCUUAACUCGUCCUCUAAAUCCCAAUCAAAGGCUUUAUCUUCUUCUACAAUGGGUUCCAAUAGUAGUACCACGACACGCAGCGGACAAAGAGAAAGACUCCAGAAAUCUAACAAACUCAAAGCCACCAUUGACACGUGCAAUUUCAAAUUGAAUGAAGAUUCCAUUGAUUCUCCUUCUCGCCUACUCUAGUGAUCAAGACCCUCACUUUUUAAGUUGUACUUCAUUGAUGUUCCAUUUUUUCAAAAAGCGACCACAACUAAGAGGAGCAGGAACUAAAGCAAAAACAUGUCCUUGCUCCACGAUCUAGCUGGCCUCGUUGGUGAUGCCGCUACAUGGGUAUUCGAUCCUGCCGUGUCCGCAACCAAAAGCGUUUCCACGAUGUCCUCUUUUCAUGCGGACCAACAAGUAGUAAAUCAUGUGGAUGUCGGAGUUCAUCUGCCUCUCAAAAAUUGGACGAGGAAUUACAGGAGGGGAUCUCGAUCUGUGGCAGUGGCUUCUAGAUUGAAGACGUCCUUUAGCGAGAGUCCAACUUUCAUGAUUACGAGUGGCAUCACACAUGAAAAAGAGCACUGUCUCGUCGCGGACGCGCCAGAUCGAGAUGGCAGCAGUUUCCAUCUUGCACCCUGUGGAGCGCAGGUGAAGUUAUGACUUUGAACGAUUUUUCUUUUGCGAAGGAACCCGUACUAACCGGCUUACCACGUAGCUAGUAACAGCUUCUGAACAACAAGAAAGACGCAGAUACUUAUAAAUAUAUAGGAUACUAGACUUGAGCGCCUGGCAGCACUUCCCCCACUAGAGUCCUCCACUCCCUACACGCACAGCCGCUGCCCCCAAAUGCUUCCACUUCCCCGGCUCUUUCCCCGCCCGACAACCGUCUGGCGGAGUUGAUCGGCGGGACAGGAGUGGGGGCGGUGGCAGCGUGCUGACAUUAAAUAGACAUCGCUCUAAGUCAUUUGUAAUUUUGUAAUAUUUGAAACUUUUGGAUCCAAAUUUGAAACUUGAAAUCCAAGAAUGUGAAAUCAUUUAAAUUUUUAUUUGGAUUUUAAUUUUCUAAAAUGUAUUUUUCUUCGAUAAAAUCAAAAAUUUAGGAUUCAAAAUCCAAAUCUUGAACCUUCGAUGCUGCAGAUCGGUGCUAUUGGUGGCAAAACAUGCGCCGCCGGUGACAUUUGGGGGCGUGGUGAUAUUUGGCAUUAGCAGCGCAUUUGCGACGAAAUUUUUUAAAUUCACUCUUCAUGGAUAAAAUCAAAAAUUUCGAAUGUUGAGUUUUUAUGUUUCAAAAGUUUCAUGCUUGAAAUUGAAAAGUCCAAAAAUUUUUGAUUUUAUCAACCAAGAUCACGCUCAGAGCUUUUAGCUGCUUAAAUAUUUACCAUGCCGUGGCUCGUGAGCUCGUAAGUUCGUAAGUGCAUAAAUUCAGAAGCUCAUAGGUUCGAAGUUGCAUGCUCAGGCUGAUCUGCUGAGUGCCGUCUUUUUUUCUUCUCGCUUCGAAAGUUUCCUUCGUCUUAUUUUGUAUUCUCGUAAGUUCCUAAGUUCAUAACCAUAAGUUCGUAUGUUCAUGGGCUCAUGGGUUCACGUUUUUGCUGUUGCAGUGUUUUUGGUUCCAGUGGGUUCGGUUCCAGUGUGUUUGGUUCAGGUGUAAGUGUGUGGUCCAAGUGUGUGUGGUUCGGAGGGAGGGAGGGACAUUGUUGAUAUUUUAUGUAGCUCGCUAAGCUCUAUAAGGUAAACGCAAAAAACAGAGGGGAAACAAUGGAGUGAGUGCUCAGAAGUACUUUGCUUCUAUCAUACUCUACUUGUACUGUUUCAGAUGUCUUCAUCCUCCUCGCCUCUAAUCCCCAAAAUGAACGGACACGAGCUGUUCCGUUUCAUGGACAAUGGCGCUUUGUACACGUUGAUGGGCAAGAAAUGCAUAACCCUAGAAGACGGCAACGUGACAAAACAAGGAGGCAGUAUUAUUAAGGCAAGGAACGAAGAUAAAGAUAAUCACUAUGAUCCACUCGUGAGUUCUGAGCCACCUGACGCUGACGAGAGCAGCCCUUUUCCCCCCCUGAGCAGCGUGUUCCUCCUGAAGUUGUACAGCUGUCGUUGUUGCACAUAGUGAAGGGUCGUGGAUCAUGCAAGUGAAACAGAGAAGAUUGGCAUUAGUCACGCAUAUUAAUCUCUAACAUCACCUUGCAAGACUGUGAUACUGCGACAGCAGCUGGCGACGGUCGCGCUUUAUGGGAACCCAUGCCUAGCUCGCAGCUUAAAUCCGGUAAAGCAGGCGAUUACUGCCUCACGAUGGGACCAGAACAGGCGAGACCGGGAGAGGUAAAAACCGUUUUUUUGACAAGAACCAGGCGCUUCUUGCACUUGUAUGUUCAUUUUCCUGAGUGAUUAUAGAAACGAUUAUACUUGCAUUUAAUUUUCUACCCAACGAACAGCAUGCAUUUCAAUUUAUUUCAAUUUGUAUCGACUUCGGCAAACAUCAGCACAUCUUUAACCUAGAAACUGAAAAGUAUCAACUUGUAGAACAUCAAACUACCAGACAAACCUCAUCCGCGGUAGCAACGCUAUUGACGCUUCAUCUUCAAACGGAAGUCACAUUCCGAAACUAGUAGCCGACGGCAACGAUUCCACCUACUGGGCUUCAGAUUGGGAUCCAUCCGAAGAUGAGACUGUCACGAUUGGUACUUCGAUGAGAUUUAGACGAUGUUCACAAAUCCAUGGUGCUUAGGAUGUAGCUGUAGAAGGUGGAGCGCAUUGAUUUAUUUGAUUUUUGCUCAAGAACCAAGAACUUGGGUGGCGGUAGUUUUUCUAGUGUUCUAUCUACUUAUCAUCUACAGCUAUUUUCUAGUGUAGUUCUACUAUGUAGUAUCAUCUUCAACCAUAUCACCCCAACCCUACCUUUCUCCUUUCUCUCAUCAUCGGCGUUUUCGCCCCCUCCAACAUCCCGUAAACAAACCCUUAGAAUCCCUCCACCUUGCUUACCCCAUCCCCAUCCCCGAUCCCUGAACCACAGAUCUCGGGACAACAGCGAAGGUAAACGGCAUUGAUAUCGAUUGGGAGUAUCCACCGAAGUCAUUCAGCGUCGAGAAUAGUACGGAUGGCGUACAUUUCAGUAGUUGUAUGAACGUUGAUUUCAACGAAAAGUGGAAUCUGCAUAUGCCUGGACGGAUGCUCAAAGCGCGCUACUUGCGGAUUGUUAUUUAUGAACGUCAACCUACAUCAAGUAAAUCAGGUCGAAGAUUUUCAAUUAGAAUUUUUAGUACUACUUCUAGGACGCACCGGAGGAUGAAUGGAAUAUAUAUUGAACACUAGUACUUGUUGUAUCACAACUACUUCUGCAUGGAGCGAGAUGCGAGUACUUACUUGUAGACUGAGUACGACUCGUACUGUGUAAUCAGAUCCAUGAUGAUCACUUAGUUUCGUUUUCAGAGAUGUUGAGUAGCUGACUCGCAUCAGAAGUGAUGAGCGACAAAGAUAGAAUCUAAUUUCCGCACGAAGUGCACCCUGUACUUGGCCAGCACAAGGAGAGUGGUCGCCACCUAUACGGUAUUCAGCAUGUCCGCGUCACUUCCCGCGCCCUCCAACCAGUACUCCAGAAAUGCUCAGACGCUGCUAGAAGCACGGACGCUCGCGACAAAUGGUUCCUCGUAGAGGUCACCGAGUUCAAUCCUUGUAAGAACCCUCGACUAGACCAGCCGCCACCUGACGUACCAAGUACCACACAGUUUGCUGGUGGUAAGGAUGACGUGAAGGGUCCCGAGACCCCUGAGGCAGCGGGCUUGCCUUCUAAAGAGAUGAUUGAAGCAUAGAAAAAAAAAUUUCGAAGAAAUCUACUUCACGAGGAGCAGGUGAAAUUCUUGUCAGCUGAAUCCUUUGUUCGUCAACAUGUACGUCAAAGAAAACUGGUACAAAAGUAAUUUACUCCCCAACGCCCCUGCUUAGUUCUACUUAUAUUACGGGCGGUUCUACCAAAGAUGAUGUACUGACUCCUUUUUGGGCGACGUUCCUAAUCGUACUAAUAUGUAAACCUAGAUGAACGACGAG